AUGGCUGCUCUUACUGCAUCAAAUGGUGCUGAGCAUCUUGAGCUCUUCAGUCUCGUGUGGCUCGACAAUAAUCUUGUAGAGAAAAGAGGUACUCAAGAAAAACUCCGGGCAAUCAUCAAUUAUUUGAAAAAGUUUCAUGAUAUAAAAUCAUGCCAAAAUUAUAUUGAGCAAAGACCAAAAGAUGAUCGAAUAGUGCUCAUCGUUAAUGGUCAACUAGGGCGACAUCUGGUACUUUCAGUUCAUAAUCUUCAACAAGUGUUUUCAAUCUAUGUCUAUUGUAUGAACAAACAAGACAAUGAACAAUGGGCUCAUGAUUUCACCAAAGUGAAACAAGUAGUAACGGAGCUCGAUGAACUUAUUUCUUAUAUCCAAGCUGACUUUAAAAUUCAGAAGAAAGUUUCGGAACCACUCACUAUUAUGUAUUCAACAACAGAAGUGAGGGGUCAAUUUGUCUUUUCUCAAUGUCUCAUCGAUUGUCUUUUACGUAUGGAAUAUGAAGAAGAGGACAAAACUGAGUUGAUAGCUCUCUGUAUGGAUGAAUAUAUAGAUAAUGACAGUGAAAAGGCACGUAUCGACGAAUUUAAAACAUCUUACUUGCCCUGCAGGGCCAUUUGGUGGUAUACUCGUGAAUCGUUCGUUUAUAAAACUCUCAAUGCAGCCCUACGUAAACAAUCGAUACACAUGAUGUUUCUUUAUCGUUCGUUUAUUUUUGAUCUUUGGAAACAAUUGGCUGAUCAUCAGUCAAAGAUUGAAUUAACCGUCUACCGCAGUCAGUUGAUUACAAAAGAAGAAUUAGAAAUUCUCAAAGGAAAUGUUGAUCAGCUUAUUUCUGUGAACUCAUUUUUCUCGUCCAGUUGUAAUCGAGACGCGGCUCUCUUCUUGCUAGGCGACACUAGGUUACCUAUCGAUUCAGAGCGAGUAUUAUUUGAGAUCGUGGCUGACUUUCGUAAAGUUAAUACUAAACCAUUUGCAAACAUCACUAUGUUUAGCCAAUUUGCGCAAGAAGAAGAAGUACUGUUUAUGUUAGGAUCGAUUUUUCGUAUAAAAAAAGUGAUUGAACCGGCAGAGGAUAAAGUCUGGGUUAUUCAAUUGGAAUUAUGCAGCGACGAAGAAAAUGAUCUCGUUGAUGUGCUGAUAGAAAUGAAAAGUCAAAAUGGUAGUGGAAAGACAAAUCUCCGCACAUUAGGAAAGUUGCUGUUAAGGAUGGGUAAAAUUGAUCAUGCCGAAUAUUAUUAUCAGCUUUUCCUUGAUCGACUUUCUGCUGACGCUUUGUUGCGUAAAAAUUUAUAUGAAGAUCUGGCUGAAGUGGCUGGACUGAAACAUCACCUCGACGCAAGUGUGAUAUGGGCGAAAAAAGCCAUCGAAUUUGACAGAGCGUUUAGAUCAACAAGAAAUAAUCAAGUGGUUCUGAUUUCUCCAACAGCAAGAUGGAUACAGGAUGGCAUCACUAUUGCAGGAUAUCAUGGAAUUGAAGAAGAACUUAAUCAACUCCUCCAGCCCGAAGGCCUUUUCGUAGACGACGAUGGCACGGCGUUCAUUGCUGAUUCCGGUAAUCACCGCAUUGUGGCAUGGAAAGAGGGUGACAAUGUAACAGGCCGCUUGGUAGCUGGCGGAAACGGCGAAGGACCUCGAAUGGACCAACUGAGCAGACCAACAGAUGUAGUGCUUGACAAGAAGGAUAAUAGUUUGAUCAUUUGUGAUCCAGGAAAUCGACGAGUAGUGCGAUGGUCUCAGCAAUGUGGUACUACCUGCGGAGAAAUUGUUCUUGACAAUAUCAAGUGCUGCGGUUUGGCUAUAGAUGAUAAGGGAAACAUCUACGUCACUGACACUGAAUAUCAUCUGGUGAAACGCUAUGAAAAAGGUAAUAAGAUAGGACAACUUGUUGCAGGUGGAAAUGGAGAUGGACUUGAUCUCAAUCAACUCAACAGCCCAAAUAGAGUGUGUGUUGGCAAGGACGGUGCUGUCUAUGUUUCAGAAUACGAUAAUCAUCGUGUGACGAAAUGGUUGAGAGGUACCAAUGUAGGAAUAGUCGUCGCGGGUGGACGAGAAGAUGGGGUAGAUCUCGAGCACUUGUCAUGUCCUCAAGGAAUUGCGGUCGACGAUAAGAACACUCUCUAUAUUGCAGAUAUGGCAAAUCAUCGAGUAAUUAAAUGGUUAUCUGGAGCGAGAAAAGGCGAGAUCAUUGCUGGUGGAAAUGGUGAGGGUGGCAAUGCAAAUCAACUCACAUGCCCUUUAGGAUUGUCAUUCAAUCGUCAUGGCGAUCUCUAUGUCAGUGAGUGGGAGAAUAAUCGAGUACAACUUUUCUACAUUCACAAAAUAAAAUAA